AUGGCUGGUGUAGGUCCAAUUGUAAGGUGGAGAAAAGUCUCAGCUGCCACUGGGAAUGUCCCUAGAUCUAGACAUGGACACAAGGCAGUUGCUAUUAAGGAUUUAAUAGUAGUUUUCGGUGGCGGGAAUGAGGGAAUAGUGGAUGAGCUGCACGUGUUUAACACGACAACUUGUCAAUGGUUCCUACCUGCUGUUCAUGGUGACAUCCCACAAGGAUGUGCGGCCUUUGGUAUGCUAGUGGAAAAUACGCGUGUUCUAUUGUUUGGUGGCAUGUUGGAAUAUGGGAAAUAUUCUGGAGACUUAUAUGAACUUCAGGCUUCCCGUUGGGAGUGGAAACGAUUAAAGCCCAAACCUGCUAAACACGGCCCUUGCCCAUGUCCAAGAAUAGGUAUGUUUCGUGCAUUUUUGUUCGGAGGAAUUACAAAUGACAGUGAUGACCCAAAGAAUAACAUUCCAAGAUAUUUAAAUGAUUUGUACACUUUGGAGCUAAAACCCAAUGCAAGUGCUAUGAGCUGGGAUAUUCCGAAUACAUAUGGUCAACCACCCACACCUAGAGAGUCACAUAGCGCGGUAGCUUAUCAGGUUCUUGAUGGUAUGGUGAAAAAGUGGCGUCUUCUAGUAUAUGGUGGUAUGUCUGGUAAUCGGUUAGGGGAUCUUUGGCAGCUGGAAAUUGAUACAAUGACAUGGAUUAAACCUAUUAUCAGUGGAGAUCCUCCAGCUCCUCGCAGUCUCCAUAGUGCGACAGUAAUUGGAAAUCGUAUGUUUGUAUUCGGUGGUUGGGUUCCUUUGGUUAUGGAAGAUAUGAAAAUGGCAACUCAAGAAAAGGAAUGGAAGUGUACAAAUACUUUGGCUAGUCUUAACCUUGAUACAAUGGCUUGGGAACCUUUGACAAUGGAAGUUGCUGAUGAAUGCCUUUUACCUCGUGCACGCGCUGGACACUGUGCUGUAGCAGUCCAUAGCCGGUUGUACAUAUGGUCAGGUCGUGAUGGUUAUAGAAAGGCGUGGAAUAAUCAAGUGUGCUUUAAAGACCUAUGGUUUUUGGAAACUGAUCGUCCAGCUGCUCCGACACGUGUGCAAUUAAUCCGUGCUGGUACACAAAGUCUCGAAGUCACAUGGGGUUCAGUUCCCACAGCAGAUGCUUAUAUCUUACAAAUUCAGAAAUAUGAUUUUUCUCCUUCUACAACUUCAACUCAUUCUUUGACAUCUCCACCAGUAGACACAAGCGCAAUAAGCAAGGCUCCAAUAACUGUAUGUUCUAGUUCUCUGAACUUGUCAAGAACUAGCACUAUUACACAAGCUCUGGCCACUACUCCAGCUACCGUUAAUUCAGUCCAAAUACCGACUCCCAUCAGAUUGCCUACUGUCACUGCUGUGGGUUCUGUGCUACCGAAUUCAUGCGUCACUAUGGCCGGUCAAAGAGGUCCUACUGUGGUUACACCAACGGGUUUGAAAAUUACUCCUGUGCCAGGUAGUGCAGUUACAGGACGAGCAGCAUCUAUUGCAACUGUAGCACAACACUCUGGUGGAAUCAAUCCUUAUGGUGGUACCACAAUCAUUCGAAGUACAUGUCCCCCCAUUGCACCCAAGCAACAUAUUAUUACUGUUGCUGGCAAACAAGUAGUCUCUGCAGUUUCUGUUGGUUCAAAUAAUGUUCCAAUUGUUGCAAACAACUCUGGUGUAGUUACUUCUAAUCAAAAUCAAGUAGUGCAUAUUGUGAACAAAUCAACAGGAUUGAUUAAACCUAUUAAACUGGUUUCAACAACAACAACAACAUCGUCUCAAAGUGUCCCUAAAACUAUUACUGUUCAACAGGCGUCAGUUGGAACGGCUUCUGCACCCGUUCCAAAAGUGAUCAAGGCUAUUCCAGCAACAAUGCUUCAAAUGUCUCCAGCUGGGAAGCCUAUUUUAAUCGCUGGUGGUGGUGUUGCCCGUCCAGGUCAAACAACUGUUCAAGUGUCUGGUGCAGUUCACAGACCAGCCGGCGGACAACAAAUAGUUAUCAUGAGUCCAGGUAGUUCCUCAUCAGUUGGUGUGUCUUCAUCGUCUAAUUUAUACUUUUCUUCUGGAGGUACUACAGGUCAUCAAAUCAUCCGACAGGCUAAUCCAACACAAGUCACCUUAGUCCGACGUGAUCAGUAUGACGCAACGACACAUGCUAGUGGUGUUACUAGUAGUGGUUCAAACGAUGCAACUAAUGCUGCGCCAACCAUUCUCCAGACUAUUCCUCAAGUGGAUGGUACAACUGAUGAUAGUCAAGGUGGUGGUGUGGUCGGUAAGGCGAACAAUGUUAAUAAUGACGAUGACCAUGAUGGCGAUGCUGCAUCAGUUACUAAUACUACCGUGGAGUCGGGAGGAAAGGUUGAGCCGAAGGAAGAUGUAAAUAGUUUACAGAAUGCUGGUGAACAUUCCACGAACAAUGCAGUUGAUCCCAAUUCAAACUUACAUACAUCGCUAGCUUCAGAGGCUGCUGCUGAACUUCUUGCGGACAUUAGUGAAGAGAAUGGCAUUUCAAAAGAAUCUGAACAAGCAGUUCAACAUUCAAAUGAUAAUAAAUCAAACACAUCGCCUAUGAAAUCUCCUACUAAAUCGGAUGGUGAAAAGGCAACGGGAGGCGGUGAUUCUGUACCGUUUGGAGAUAGUGGUGUGGUUGUUAAAGAUGAGAAGGAGGGGAAUAAUACUCCUCUUACUGAUCCUUUAGAAACUUUGGCUUUAGUCGCAGCUCAUCGUAGUGGUAGUAGUGGUGGUGGUGACGAUCGUGGUGGUGGUGGCGGCGGCGGGGUGCAAACACCAACUCGUGUAUUGACGACGACAGGCUUACUAACUAAUUCUCAUCCCGUUAUGACAACUGCAGCGACCAGUGGUUCUUUGAUAAAUUCUGCAACACCGAAUGCAGUGAUAAGUCGAGGUGAUAGUUCAUGGCAUGAUGUCGGUGUUAUUAAAUCGACCAGUUGUACUGUAACAAUGUAUUCGGCGUGUACAAAUGAUGCUGGUGUGCACAUGGAAGCAAUCAGUGCCCUACAAGGUCCUCAUGGGAUUGGACCAAAUGGUUUAACUACACAAGGUCCUAAAUUUCAACUUGCUCCUGGUACAGCCUAUAAAUUUCGUGUUGCAGGACUGAACGCUUGUGGUCGUGGUCCGUGGUCAGAGAUUAGUGCAUUCAAAACAUGCCUACCAGGUUAUCCAGGUGCACCAACUGCUAUAAAAAUAACCAAGUCUGAUAGUGGUGCACACUUAACCUGGGAAGCACCACAGAAUACAACGGGUAAAAUUGCUGAAUAUUCCGUUUAUUUAGCUGUCAAAGCACAAGCUGCUGGGCAAGAUAAUACUACAGAAAAUAAGUUUGGUACAACACCAUCUGGUAUGGCAUUUGUACGAGUGUAUUGUGGUCAGUCGCCUUCAGCUACAGUGACUUCUGCAACAUUGGCCACUGCUCAUUUAGAUACAAGCUCAAAGCCUGCUGUAAUCUUCCGGAUAGCUGCACGAAAUGAAAAAGGCUAUGGACCGGCUACACAAGUCCGUUGGCUACAAGAUGUAACGACUACACCAGCAACGGCAGCGGCACCAGCAGCAUCAGUUGGCAGCACCACCACCAACAACAACACCACUCCACAACCUGUUAGUACUGCCGCCCAAGUAACAAGCGCCACUGCCUCACAACAACUUCCUAAACGGAAUUUAAGUUUAGGAGCAUCACAGGAAGGAGGUUCCACAACACCAGUGAAACGAUUAAAAUCAGAAGAACAGUCAUAACUACUAUUUUAUUCUAAUCUAUUUUUUAUUUUAUUUUAUUUUACUCAUGUAUUUACACUCACAAACAUACAUGCAUUCACACAAUCAUCGGUCUCUCUCUCUCUCCUUUCCCUUCCCUUGUAUUUGUAAUAUAGGGGGACAAUAUUGUUGUCCCCUUCUCUCUUGUACUUAUUAAAUCCACCCCUCCCUGCAGGCCCCACUUAGUCUCCGUCAUAUUUGCAUUUCUCACUUACUUACAGUUGUUGUUUUAUUGGUCAUAUUAUUUUGUAUCGCUUGUUGUUAGGCUACUUAAUUGCAUAGGCAUCCUCGUACUCUACAUGGGCACACACACACGGGGUGGGGCUCACAUGGUCUGUUUGUGUAUGUGUGCUCACGAGGGGUUGUCUCUAUUGGCGUUUAUUCUCUAAUCUCUAUCUCAGAAUAUUAUUAUUAUUAUAGAUAAUCAUUUUGUUAUUAUUAUUGUAUUUGUUUUGUUUGUUUGUUUGUUCAAAAACGGUUUCAGCGAUUGUACAUAACCAAAUCUAUAGGAUUACUAUGUGUAUUGUUGACUUUAUAUGCCUAUUAUUACUGUUAUUAUUACUAAUAUUUUUGUCUUGAAUGUAAAUGUCUGUUGGCCUUCAUGCGCACCUACCCUCCUCCUUGUGUAGUUUAUUUCCUCAGGUCAGCAGACAAACAAACAAACAGUUUAUCAAUCUGAGAGAAGAUAGAAAAUGUUCUGUACACAUACACUAUUCAUUCAUUCGUCUUCUUCUUGUCGCUCGUGUAUUUUGUUUUAUUUUCUUGAGGAUACCGGCCUGCUGACACUGACUGUCUGUCUGUCUGAUGGAUUAUCUCUGUUAUUCAUCAGUCAAAUCUUUCAUUCAGUCUACUACAGAUUUUCUUCACUUUAUCUAUUCCCUAUAGACACACUCCUUCACUUGCUCACUCACUCACUCACUCGUAGUCAUCAUCAUUAUCUAACUCAAAUGUGUGCAUGUGUGUGUUUGUGUUUCUGUGUGAAUGGGAACUGGUAUGCUGUUGAAGUCGUGUUUCUUAAUUUAAAAAAAGGCAUUAUUACAUUGGGCGGCAAACAGAGUAAUGAGAGUCUCCGAGAUCAAUCCAAUGAACAAUCUAAUAUCAGCAUUGUCGUCAACAUCAUCAUCGCCGGCCUCUGUUAUUU